UUCUCUAUGACAUUUUACCGCAGUCGUUUAUCAUCUGUGCAAUCAAUCCUGAGAUUGUUAUCGUUUCAACGAAAGCAACAAAUGCGCGAACAGAUUUCAUUUGUAUAUGAGCGAUAUUUUUCGUCGCUUCAAAAAAUCGUCCUUACAACUUUGAAAAUCCUGGAACGGCGUAUCAUAUCUAAUUCAUUCGUAACUUAUGAUGCCUGGAAUCCAGAUCCACGAAAGCAACGCGACUUAGCACCGUUGUUUCUUCCAUAUCAUGCUCAUUCGGAAGGAUUUACCGCUGUAAUUUUGACAUAUAACAAGCCGGAUUCACUAUUUUCCGUGAUACGAUUGCUAUCUCGAGUACGCAGUUUACGAAGUAUUGUGAUUGUUUGGAAUCAUUGGAGCCAACCACCUCCAGCAACCGAAUGGCCGCAACUGAAUCGGCCCACACAUAUCAUCCAAAUGGACAGAAAUUUAUUAUCAAAUCGUUUCAUCUUAUUCUCCGAAAUAACUACAGAAGCCUUGUUCCAGACAUGGCGUGAAAAUCCCGAUCGUUUAGUGGGUUUUUUGCCUCGUGCUGCUGUUUUUAAUGAAUCGACAAAACAGUACGAAUAUGCCACGGAAUGGGCAAACUCAAUGAAUAUUAUUCUAACAGGCGCUUCAUUUUACCACAAGUACUACGGUAUGUUAUAUCACGAACUUCUGCCAGCAGCAAUGCUUGAUUACGUGGAAAAAAUCAUGAAUUGCGAAGAUAUUGCGAUGAAUUUUUUGAUCAGUAAUGCUACCGGCAAAAGUCCGAUAAAAGUUACUCCUCGAAAGAAAUUUGUUUGUCCCAAAUGUGACAGCAACGGUAUCUCGCCAUGGGAUGUGCCACGUUUGUUACAACGUUCCGCAUGCAUCAACAAAUUUGUUGCAUUUUUCAACAACAGUCCAUUGGUGGACAGUGUUUCAAGACAUGAUCCUGUUCUGUUCAAAACGCCUUCCGAAAUUGACAUUUUCAAUCCGUACAAUCAAGUUGGACCACUUUAA